UAUGGCCAAAUCCCUGAAUCUAGCUAAUAUUGUUGACAUUCAAACGGUCAGUAUAAAGCAGUGUUUAUAUACUGCGAAUUGUAGUUUUGAGAUUUCUCCCAACGGUCAGAUUAGAUUAGCCACUCCUCCGUUAGCAUACGGAUGCUGGCAAUGGUAGUUAACAGUUAGCUAGCUAACGUUAGUGUUUAGCGAUUUGGAAAGAUGGCUGGGGACUUUCAAGGUUUUGCGCUGGAGAAAGCCGAACUGCUUUCCAGCCGUUUGAAGGAGGCUCUGUCUUCGGGACAAGAAUAUGUUCAGGCUCAGUUUGGGGUGGAUUUGGGUCUGAAGCCCGAGCUGUACCCGACGUGGGUCAUCCUGUCCACGGCCGCGGUGGGUCUGCUGCUGCUACUCGGUCUGUCCUGGGCCGCCGUCUGUGGCAGUCUGCUCGUUGGGAAAAAGCGGGGAUCCCCGGCUACCCAGGGCAGCAGUGAGCCUGACAAGGCCAAUUUUGCUAAAACUGCCAAACCAGAAGAACAGAAGAAGCGGAAUAAAAAGAAAACGCUUGAAAAGACUCAAUCCAAUGGACAACCAGUGGCCGUAGCUCAGGAGGAAGUUAAAGUGACUGAGGCAGUUUCCAAGCUAGCCCAGCAGAUCAAAACCGAGAAGGUGCAUGAGGUACAGGCCCCAGUGCAGGUGAAAAAGAACAAGAAGAAAACCAAGACGGAUGUGAAACCAGUCCAGCAUGUGUCUACAAAUGAUGGGAAGGAACCAGAUGAUGGUGCAUGGGAGACCAAAGUCAGUAACCGUGAGAAGAAGCAGCAGCGCAGGAAGGACAAGGGCCCUGAGGACUCUGGUAGCCCAGGAGGGGUGGAGGCUCUGAAGACCAAUGUGGAGGCACCUGUAGCCACAGCUCCUACUAACACCAAGAAGAACAGAGCAAAACAUGAGUCCCUGCAUUCAAGAACCACUGGAAAGGGAGAUGCAACCAGUGGAGCUGUGUCCUCCAGCUCGAGAGAGGAGCCUUCAGUCAAUGGUGGUGGUUGGACUGACAUGUCUUUGAAGAUCCCAUGUCAGAUGGGAACCAAGUGGAGUGACAUUACCACGGCUCCACAUUACAGGGCCCCACCUAAGCGUCAGACCUGGGCACAGGACACGCAAGCAGCAUGGAGUGGCAUUGAUGACCGGAUAAAGACUGACCUCAACCCUGUGUCUUUCUCCAUGCUGGGACGAAACCCCACAGACCCAAUAUCAAAUUCAAUUGAGAUGCGGUGGGCGAGCCACCCUGAUGUUGAUGAUGAAUGGUCUGGAUUCAAUGGGAUGGCAGCAGUGGACCCCGGCUCCGACUGGAAUGCCCCAGUAGAGCACUGGGGAAACUACGAAGAGCCUCCUGUGUUGGUGACACCAGCGCCACCACCGAAGGAACAGCCCAUCCCCAACAAGGUAUCAGAGGAUGAGAAGGACACUGAGGAUCCCUCCGGUGGAGCAGCCAUAUCCAAGAAAAAGAGGAAAAAGAAGAAGAAAACAGAAGAGGAGGCUGCAUCUGAGGCUCAGAUUGCGAGCACAGCGCUCCUGGUCAACACAGUACUCAAACCCCAAGAGCCUCCUGAACUGGCCUCCAAAAAGCAGAAUCCUAGCAUAUCCUCCCCUCAGAAGAAGUCUGAGCAGAUUGUGGAGCCUCCGAAGCCCUCCCAGAAGAAAAAGGUCCGAAGGGAAACAUGAAGUCACAUCACAGGUCCAUACACAGCAUAUGCAAAUGAUUGUUAAAUGUGUCACAUGCAAUAAUUACCAGGUACAGAGUUUCUUUCUGAGAUCCAUCAAUGGUUAAUCAGUUACAAAAAGAAAACAAGCAGUGGAUAUCACCUGCUUGGCUAACUAUAGUGAUGAAAUGUGGUCCUAUGGACUGAAAUCUCUCCAAUUUGCACUAUUUGCUACACUGCAGUGAAGUUUCAGGGGAGGUAGACUUGCAGUGGAGGUACAUUUUUAUUUUAAUUAUUUUUUUAUGGCAUCAAAAGUGUUUUUUUUCUUCCCCCCUCCGAGAGUGUAUGUUUAUAAUUGUUACCCCAAAAUACAAAACAGAUUGUAGUUUUACUUUUUGUUUAAAUGAAAAUUUGAGUAACAAAAAAAGCAUACAUGUUUGCUCCCCCGAAUAUUGCACUUUGUUUUGUUUGCAGCAAGCUGCAUGUGAGGGCUGGUCUCAGAUCAGGAUAGGUUCAGAUUUUUUUCAAGUCUAUCUCGGUGCAACACACACAUGCCCAUAAGUACAUUGGAAGAGUUAAGGGUUUCUAUAAUCAUCCUGCCUCUCCAUACUGGCCAUGAAGUGAUACCCUCAUAGAGAAACUACAGUGUAAGAAAUGGGGGACAAAAAGCCAUGCUCCUCAUUUUGUGCAAAAAUGCAUUCUGAAGUUCAGCUAAAGCUAAUAUGAGGCUUUAGCUAAGUUAGUUUUAGUGAAAUCGAUUUUCCCAAGUAAUGUCCUUUUUAGUAAAAACUUCCCUCUUUGUGUUUCCCCGGGCAGUGUUUUCUUGCUGAGGUGUGAGGGAUACGUCCUGGCAGUCGCACAUACCCACUUGAUUUGGCUAUUCUCAGACUGCUAAAGCCUCAUAUUAGUUUUGGCUGAAGUUAAGACUGCACUUUUGCACAGUAAAAAGGCAUUUUGUACCCCAUUUCUUCAGUGUCGUCGCUCUAUGAAGGUAUUACAGGUAUUAUAAAAGCUCCUUUAUGAAGACUGGCAGCUGUAGUCGCAGGCAGGUUGAAUUCCACGUCAGUUACAGUGGUAGGAAGUUUCUCAGCAAAAAAAAAAAGGUCUUGGUCUUAGAAACUUCUCCACAACCACUCCUGCAGCGUAAUCCUCCUCUUCACUGUCUAUCCGUGUGAUAGUAUGUUCCAAACAUUCAUAAUUUUGUUGAAACUAUUAUGACAGUUUGGAGCAGCUGAAAAGUCACUAAUUCAUCAUUUAUGGAUUUUUUCAAAGAUGAUGCUAAAUUUGAAAUGUGGACGUUGUGACCUGAUUCUGGAUUCGCACUUGGGACUGUUGGUAACUGUUAUGCAGAGAGGACAGUAACUGAUACGAACCACCAGGAGGAACUGUAAUGUGAAGUAAAGGAGAAGUGAGAUUAUCCCGUAAAGCAGUAGCACUAUAAGUGUCCUCACUCUACUUUGAUCAUUCUGACUGUCUCUCUCUUUAUCUGACUAGACUGUGCAUUGAUUUUUCUAGAGACUUAAUUGUCCCUCUGCACUCUAUAUGAUUUUUAAAAACAUUUUUCUUCCAGUUUUUGUGCUAGAAAAAGCCGUGCCAUAUGUACAGAUUGUAAGGGCUUUUUCCAGUUCUGUGACUGCGCUGUGCAAAAGGCUGUAUUGAGAUCCUUUUUGAUGUCGAUGAAUUGUUUUUUACUACCUUUUUUGCGGAAUGUGAAAUGUGUAACUUUCUUGGUUUGCACCUGACUUCCAGGAUUUAUGAUGGGGUUUUUUGUUUUUGUUUUUUUGACAAAUUGAGAAUGAAGAUACAUAGAGAUAUGAUACGGAGCAGCUUUAAUUCCACGUCUAAGUUGGUUUUAAACAAGACACACACACACACACACACACACACAAUUACACAUAUAUAAAAGGAAUUUAAUUCCAUUGCCUUAACCUGUAUUUGUAUAGAAAGUGCAUUGGCAUCCUGUUUUAUAGUUUGCAUCCAAUUCCAGGUUUUGAUGUCAGAAAUUAAUUUCAUCUUGCAUGACUUUGAUAAUAGUACUUGUGUACAUGAAAUUAAAUGAACGAUCUCUUGCUUUAACUGUUAGUACUUGGUCCUGGCUUUUGAAUAGCUUUUUUUAAUGAGACAAGUUGCAGCUGUUCUGUGGGCAUCCAGUUUAGCGGACAUUAACAGUGGUCUGUUGUUGGUAGGCAAAGAGCCUUAGAGCAUCAAGGUGUUGAUCAGCUGAUGUUGGCACAGAGUUGUUGGUAGACCUGAUAGAACAAAAUGAUAUGUCGCUGUGGCUUCAGGUGCCCUUUAAUUGUUUAAUUUUUACUGAUGAUUAAAAUGGAUUCAAUCAAUGUAUUUAUAUACUUGUCUCUAGCAAAUGGUAAUGUGAAUGACUUUGUUUAUUGAGGAGAUACAAAUGACAUUUCUAUGUUUGUUUGGUAAAAAUUUCAAAUAAAUGAGAAUUGCUUGAUA